UGGAGUGGAAGGGAGGAACGCUGCUCUGCAAAGGGUUCAUGAUGGUCAAGGUGUUCCUGGAUCUUCUGUCGACCUUUCUCAUCCUCAGCCUAUCAGUGGACAGAUGUCUCAACCUCUCCUUCCCCCUCACACAGAGACUGUCCAACCCCUUCAAGCUCCGAUUCCUCAUCAUCGGCAGCGUCGCAGUCGCCCUCGUCUCUUCCAUUCCACAGGCUGUGGUGUACACGAAUGCGGAGAUUCCUGGUCUGAAGGAGCAUUUCCAGUGCACUUCAGUGACUUCAUUCACCAGCAAUGACCAGCGCAACUUCUACAACAUCAUCUACGCCACACUACAUUUCUUCGUUCCCCUCCUGGUCACUGUGGCCUGCUAUGCGUGCGUGGUGUUCCAGCUGUCAAUCAAAGCGAGAAAGAGGUCAACCUCCAGCAAGGCCAUCGGGGGCACUCAAAAUGGCACCCAUGAUGGGUCCAUAUACUCCAACAAAUCCACCAGGAAAUGCAGUCUCAAAAUGAACAACAUGCAGCAAGGCGGCGGAGAUGCCGAGUCAAAGGGGCGGCCCCUGAAAAGAGCAGACACCCCCUGCAAUUCCAACUCCACCACCCUGAAUGUGAGAUUGCAGCCAGCAGUAGUGCCCCAAGACAGCAUCUCCGAAAUGAAUGAAGGCCUCAGACACCACUGUCGCUCCAGUAAUGCCAUGGCCCGUGCCCGCAACCGGAUGUUGCUGAUGACAGCCACUGUGACUAUCCUCUUCAUUGCAACCAUUACCCCCUAUUACGUCACAGAAGUACUUCUGGCUAAAGGCAUGAAACUCAAAUGGGUGAGUCUAAUGCAACAGGGACCUUCAAGCUCGGGUCUAGGAAAGGUGACUAAAGAAGUGGAUUUCUCUUCACUGGGAGGAACGAGUGCAGGGACCGGAGUGGAUGAUGAAGUGCAGGAUGUUUCCGUGAUUGUGUACGGGGAUAUGAGUGACGGCGUUUUCGGUCCUGAGGGUUCGGUCGCUGGCAGAGUGGUGACAGAGCUUUGGACACAUUAA